UUAGCGAGCCAGGAGAAAACAUUUUAUUAAUAAAUUAAUCUCUGAAUAUCUGUUUUUGUCAGUUUUAUUAUUAUUUUAAUAAAGCCAAACAUGACACGAUCUAAUUCGUUCUAUACGAAUAACGUGAUUCAUGGUAUAUGCAAUACAAACAUACAUUUAUACUUGUGCUCGAAUUGAGAAACAUUUGUGGUCUGUUACAGUAAAAAUAUGUUUCAGUAGGUAUUCAUUGAACAUCUGCCAAUUUAUGAGUAAUCUCCCCACAAGCAGAAGACACACUAUGAUCAUUCAUAUACACAUACAUUUGUAGUUAAUACAGAAAGCGUCUUUCUGACUUGCGUUCAUGCAUAAAACAUAUCUCUACAUAGGUUUACACACUUUCUGUGCCCUUUCAUUGCUUCUGUAUGGUAAUAAAUUAUGCUGUAGCUUAUGCGAGUAUAAAAGACUUCAUUUAUAUAUCUUUCACGCUUGCCCCAAUUGCUGCUUCAACACAACGAUAUCGUGUGAGUUAUUUUUUCUAUUUGCAAUAUGCCUUACGGUCACGCCAUUACGUGCUGCACACGUUCAUUUCCACUAUUCUAGCACACCUUCAGUUUGCCCUGAUUUUCUUACUACACAUUUAGUGGGCGAACUACUUUCAAUCUCAAAAGCGCUCGCAAAAUCAGAACAUUUUCAUCAAUUAAUAAAAAUUAUUCAAAUCAUCUAUGUAGUAGAUUGGUGUUAAUGGUGGUGAUGCAAUUGUUUUAGUUACCUGUGCAUUAAUCUCGCAUUUUUAACAAAUAAUGUGUUGUAUUCAAUAAUUUACGGUGUACAUGUAAGAGUUUAUAGUAAAAUAUAUUGAAGUGUGCUGGCAAAAGAUAUCCAGAUAUUAUAUUUAUCACAUAAAACAUCUAAAAAGAAAUAAUUUAAUAUAAUACAAGCAGCUGACAUGUCGCUAGCUGCAAUGCAUUGUGCCCGUUGUGCGGACGGCUUCGAACCCAACGAGAAGAUCGUCAACUCCAAUGGUGAACUCUGGCACACACAAUGCUUCGUCUGUGCGCAAUGCUUUCGCCCUUUCGAGGAUGGCAUCUUCUAUGAAUUCGAAGGACGCAAAUACUGCGAACGUGAUUUUCAUGUGCUCUUCGCACCGUGUUGCAAUAAGUGUGGUGAAUUCGUGAUCGGGCGUGUUAUCAAGGCGAUGGGCGCUAGCUGGCAUCCACAGUGCUUCCGUUGUCAAAUGUGUGCCAAAGAGCUGGCCGAUACCGGUUUCAUACGCAAUCAAAAUCGUGCCUUAUGCCAUGAGUGCAAUGCCAAAGUGAAGGCCGAGAUAACGGGUCGUUAUAUGUGUCAUAAAUGCCAUGGCGUCAUUGACGAUGCACCAUUGCGUUUCCGUGGCGAAGUCUACCAUGGUUAUCACUUUAACUGUACGUCGUGUGGCGUGGAAUUGGACUCAACCGCGCGCGAAGUCAAGAGUCGACCUGGCUUAACGGCCAAUGAUAUGAACGAAUUAUACUGCUUGCGCUGCCACGACAAGAUGGGCAUACCGAUUUGCGGCGCUUGUCGUCGUCCGAUUGAGGAGCGCGUUGUCACCGCUCUGGGUAAACAUUGGCACGUCGAGCACUUCGUAUGCGCCAAAUGCGAGAAGCCUUUCUUAGGCCAUCGUCACUACGAGAAGCGUGGUUUGGCAUAUUGCGAAACACAUUAUCACCAAUUGUUCGGCAAUUUGUGCUUCGUUUGCAAUCAAGUCAUAGCUGGCGAUGUAUUCACAGCGCUAAAUAAGGCCUGGUGUGUGCACCAUUUCGCUUGCUCGAUAUGCGAUAUGAAAAUGACGCAGAAAUCGAAAUUCUACGAAUAUGAUGAGAAGCCAGUUUGCAAGAAAUGCUAUGAACGUUUCCCCAACGAAUUGAGGCAACGUUUGCGCAAAGCACAUGAAAUGUCGAUGAAGAAGAACUUCUAAAUAUCUGCGUGAAAUGCUUAUAACAAUUAGAACAAUACAUUUUGAAUGCAACGUUCUAUUACGCAAUGAUUACUAUAUGCAAAGUGAGGCCAAAAAAGUCAUAAAGCAAGGCAUAAAUGAUAAUUAAAAUUUUGAAGACUAACUAAUCCGUUGGCCGACGUUGAAAAAUGCAUUAACUAAGUGCCUGUAAACGAUAUUUUUUGUAUUUAUAAUACGGACACUGUUAUAUUGCCAUUAUAGCCACUGUCUGAAUACAAAACACAUGCACAAUACAUACAUAUUUAUGUGUGCCUAGUAAAAGCAACAACUAAUAGUCAGUAAUAUUAACAUGUACAGUAACUUUUUUAUUCAGAAGUCAGUAGCUUGCGCGUGCGUAUAUAUAAUUUGCAGCGCUCUUUUAAAGUAUACAGUUUACAAACAGCUUCCUAAACAAUUUAUUGUAUUAAAUAAGUGUUUUGUAAAUGCAAACAUAUCCGAAUAAAAGAAUAAAAUUGUAUCUCUAAUUAUAAGGCGAAAAUUUACUACUGCCAACCUCUUGACAUCACUUUUAGUCUACGAGUACAUACAAGUAUAAUAUUUUGUGUUGUCCAACAGCAAUGUCUGUCUGCCCUCUUAUUGUAUAUGUGUCAAUGCUGUUGUGCCUUUUACUCAGCCGCUAACUUGAAUAAGUAAUUUUUAUAAAAUUUAGUUUUAUUGUUUUUUUUUUUUAAAUAUAUCGUAAUAUUUUCGACCCCAAGUGUAUCUGUUGUAAUUUAUGUAAUAAAUUUAAACUCUUCUGCAGCUAACAUAAUAUUAAUAGUGUACGCAAUAUUUGCUACAAUAUUUGUAAAGCAUUUCGUACAAUUAUUUAACAAUAAUUACAAUUAAUUAGCAUUUUGUUUUUAUGUAAUAAUUUUUUAUUUGUAAUAUCGUACAAUAAUGUGUGUUGUUUAUUUAAAUGUAAAUGCUAAAGCGAACCGAUUUAUAUGUUGGAAAUAAUGUAAUAGAAACAUGAAUACAGCUGAUUAUAACAAUGACUAAA